AUGGCUGAAUCAGACUCGAUCUGGAUGUACAAUCCAUCCUUUGCCCUCGCCAUCCUCGGAACCGUCGCCUAUGGAAUUAUCUUCAUCAUAACCUCUUACCAAACACUCAUCAAGUACCGGGCAUGGUACUUUGUUGUGGUUCCAAUUGGUGCAACCGUUGAACUUGGGGCGUACAUUUUUCGAGCAUAUUCAGUCCAAAGCCAGUCGGCGUUGACCCCUUUUAUCAUAACUCUCUCCCUCACCGUUCUCGCACCAAUCUUCAUCGCGGCAGGGAACUACCUCCUCAUCAGCCGUCUCAUCAUAUCCGUCCUGCCACCGUCGAACCACCGCAUCCUCAAGAUACCUGGGCGACAUCUUACACCGAUUUUCGUAGUCUGCGACGUUAUCGCCUUUUCAGUCCAGGGUGCCGGUUCAGCAAUCGCAAGCACGGAUGAAUGGACAGGGGACGGAGAAAGGAUCGGACGACGAGUCUUGAUCGGAGGAUUAGUUUUCCAGCUCAUCGCAUUUGCGGUCUUCCUUUGCUUAUUCCGUAAGUUCCAUGUCCUUGGGAAUCAGCUCGAAGUCGAAGACGCUCCCAAGGGCUGGAAGACUGUAGUCCGAGCUGUGUACAUUUCGAGUGGCUUGAUCAUGGUCCGAUGCAUCUAUCGUGUCUGCGAGUUUGCCGAGGGGAUGAACGGAUAUGCCUUCCGCACCGAAUGGCUCUUUUGGGUCUUUGAGUGUGUACCAAUGAUUGGCGCUAUUGGCAUCUUUUGCAUUUAUCACCCAAGCCGUUACCUGGGAAAGCACGGUGCCCGACGCAAGGCUCUUCAGUCAGAUGAGACCGAGUUGUCUGGCGGAUCGACCACAUUGACCUAA